UAACACGAGCGUGGAGUUAGUGAUGCAAGACACAAGUAUUCUUGGUGCUGAGAGUCACCCUCUUCAUCUUCAUGGAUUUAACUUCUUUGUCGUUGGCCAAGGCUUUGGGAAUUUUGACGGCAAUAAGGAUCCAGCAAAUUUCAACCUUAUUGACCCUAUUGAGAGGAACACUGUGGGUGUUCCUUCUGGUGGUUGGGUUGCAAUUCGAUUUCUAGCAGACAAUCCAGGAGUAUGGUUUAUGCAUUGUCACCUGGAAGUUCACACAAGUUGGGGAUUGAAAAUGGCAUGGUUGGUUCUAGAUGGAAAACUUCCUAAUCAGAAGCUACCUCCUCCCCCAAAAGACCUCCCCAAGUGUUGAGAAUUUUCGUUCAAUUUUUGUACCUCUAAUAUUUUUGCUUGAUCGUUGAUCUUUCCUCAUUUUGCUUAUGUAGCUGGUGGAUUAUUAUAUGUAUUUUCCCUUCGUUUCUUAUAAUUUUCUUUUCUUUUUAUUGAUUACAUGUGUGAGAGA